AUGAAUAUGAACAACAACGCUUUGCAAGCCGAAGAAUUGGUAACAUUGAAAUCAAUUUACGGAAGUCAAUGGAAAGAGAAUGAUGUAGUCGAGAAUUUGUACAGCAUCAACAUUGCUAAAGACGUUGAAUUAUACAUCACUUUGAACUCUUCGUAUCCAUUGGAAGGACCACCAUCGUAUGACUUGUUGGCACCCAUAUUGACGAAAAACGUUAAAUACAUCAUAAAUUGUGCACUCGAUGAGAUCUACUUUGAUAAUAUUGGUGGACCAGUGCUGUUCCAAUCGAUUGAAAGGAUCAAGGAUAUUGUCCAGAAAGAAUGCAAAUACAAAGGCAAAAAAGAUAAGAACAACAACAGCAACGGAAAGAAGAAAACAGACAACAAACUGAAGAUAACGGGAAAGCAGUCAAACGUAAAAUACAACAUCAUCCAUGGAGAGACCAUUGAAGACAGGAAGAGCAUCUUCCAAGGUCACGUAUGCGUUGUCAAUUCAGAGGAAGACGUCAAGAACGUAAUAAAAUUGCUUCUGCAGAACAAGAAAAUCUCUCAAGCGAAGCACAACAUCUCCGCUUAUAGAAUUACAAAACCGAACGGUGUCUUGCUGCAAGAUUGUGACGACGAUGGAGAGAAUUUAGCAGACGGACGUUUGAUGCAUCUCCUUCAGAUACUGAACGUUAUGAAUGUUGUUGUCAUAGUGACCAGAUGGUACGGAGGAAUUCACCUGGGCAAAGACAGAUUCAAGCACAUCAACCAUGCAGCCAGAUUGGCUUUGCAAACCGGAGGUUUCGUCUAA